AUGACAGUACCACAAGCAUCAGCGGUAGGGACGCCUGCCGCCUGCACACCUCAAAACGAAGCGCCAAAAAUGGCAGCUCCCAUGGACUUGGCGGAGCUAGUCGAGACGCUGGAAUGCGAGCUCGAGCGGGACCCAGAACUUGCCAUUAAAGACAAGCCCAGGAUUCGUCAACUGCUCGAGGAGUUCCCGGUCAACAUGCAAGAGCUGCAGCACUUUGCUCACUUUGACCCUUCACGCAACUACACACGCAACCUCAUCUCGACUGAUAACGAAUCGUAUGCACUAAUGCUGCUGUGCUGGAACCCUGGAAAGUAUAGUCCGGUUCAUGACCAUCCGACGGAUGGCUGCUGGGUUAAAGUGAUCCAAGGGUGUGUGAACGAAGUGCGCUAUGAGAAGCAGGAUGGCCGGCUCGUAGAGACUUUCAACGGACAGUUCACAUCGGGUGUCACGUACAUGGACGAUUCGUUUGGCCUGCACAAAGUGGGCAAUCCUCACGCAGAGAUGCGUGCCAUUUCGAUGCACCUUUAUGCGCCUCCGUACGAAAAGUGCCGCGUCUGGCUUGACACGGAAGACGCCAGCAAGUCAUCGGUGUCUGUGCCUAACUACUACACCGAGUACGGUGAGAAGAUCAAGUAUGCGUAG